AUGUCCGAUGGGACCGCGGUCGAUGUUGGCCUGGAUCAGCGUUCCCGGAUGUUUCAAACACGACCGAGUUCGGUCCGUUUCAAUUUUAGCAGCGCGUGGCCAGUGAUCAGUCGGGCUGCCCAGGGGUGCUUGAGGCUGGGUAUCCAGGUAGACGGUUGCAUGGGCUCCAAGAAUGGGCUCCAAGUACAGGGCACCGUCCGGCUUGACAGUCCCUGA